AUGGAUCCCACAGUAGAACCACCAAAACCUUUCUCAUUACUCGUCGAUGACUUGUUGGAUGCCAUUGAAGAACGCUGCUCUCGUCGACCCGAUGGUGGCGUGGGACAAUACAAUCGCCAGCAACUGGGGGAACGCUUGGAACAAAUCUUGCUGUUGACGACGGCUCCUUCUGAUCAUCGUGACAAAAGUAGUGAAGGACAAAACCUCGAGUGGCUGAUUCGACCGUUGAUCCAGGUCAUUUUGCAGGAGCAACGCGUCGAUAGAGCACGGACAUGUCCUCCCAAUCAAAGUGACGACGAUGAGGGAAAUGGGAAACGACCCUUGCUGCAGUGGUUGGUCCAAUGGAAGUACUUGCGGCAUGUCUACGGGUGGCAGGGGGAAGAUGACAUGGUCCUAUUGCUGCUUCGCUUGGGGGCAAGAGCCGACGAGAAUGCUUCGGACGAGUCCAGCAGCACACUGGUGGCGGCCGCGCAGUAUGGCAGUGUGACCACCAUUCGGCAUUUGAUGAUUGAAACAAGGAGACAACAACCAAAGCAAAAGCACGAGCACAAGAAUGAGAUGAAAGAAUGGAUUGUCUCACAAGUAAUCCUGUACAAUCUAUGGGCCAAAAUUCUGGAUCGAGCGUGCCCCGAAAUGAUGCAGCUCUUUCUACGGUACAUUCCUGCCACGGAACGAGUCUGGAUGACUGCUCGUUAUGAUUAUGCUCAAGAGGAUGAUGAUGACGACGGCGACGACAACAGUGAGGUAAAGAAGAAAAAGAAACCAGAGGAAACGCAUGUGUCUGCUCUGGACUACCUCCUGAACAAUUUACUCACUUGGUGUGACGACGACAACGACGACGACGAGAGAAUCACAUGUGACGCAUCCAUAUCCACCAGUGCCCUUUCCUCCUACUGGGGCAUUGUGGGAAUGCCAACGGUGGAACGGUACAGUCAAUGCAUUCUGCAACUCUUACAAAUGGGAGUCGCACACACUCCCUUGACCAUGACGUUGCUCAGCUACAUCCUAGACCAAAAUCGACACGACAGGAACAACAAUCAAAGCUCCUCACCACGACACUAUGCCUUUCAGGUAGCCCAGGUGCUAUUUGGAAACCGGAUGCCCUCCUCGCCACUACUAUCAUCCUCAAUGAGAAACUGGAAUGGUACUGCCUCUACUACUAUCAUCAUCCAUCCACAGGAAUCCACAGUGGAAGAAACCUACAACAAUCCAAAUGUCUGUGCUAUUUGUCUAGAAGAGCCUGCUGAGCGUCAAACCUUUUUGUUUCCUUGGAACAAAAAUCGUCGUGACAAGUCGAAAACGACACGCAUGAUGGAACUGUACUGUGGUCAUGCCUUUUGUGUCGCUUGUCUCCUGGGAUGGGGCGCCUCGGAACCCGAACGGCUGUACCAUCACCAUGGCAAUAACAACAACAAUCAUAACCGACGAACAGCCAUGAUGGAAGUGUCGUGUCCCAUUUGUCGAAAACCACUGGCACGAGAUUUUCUCAACGACGAAAAUCGAGAGCGUUUGGCUACUGUGGGGUACCGUCGACGCAACAUUCUCGGCAUGGAUCCACAUCUCGGAACGGAAUCACGAGGACCGCAACGAUUGUCCCACGACCAAACACGUCAAGAAUGUCGCGCCCGUGGAUGGUCGGAGGAUGAAGACGCAGAUGCCAAGUUGAAGGCACAAUGGCAAACAGUACGACAGCAACGGCGCAAUGGACCCAAAAUUACAGUGGAUUGCGCUGCAUCCAUGAGCUUGUCGCCAACCUACGUGGCGCCCAAGCAUGGGCCUGUCGUCAUUCCCAUUACGGUAAAGGGGAAUAUUCCAAUGCUGGCGGGGAUUUCCACGGCAGCACCGUACACGGUGGUGUCUCCUUCGGCCGUCCAGUGGCUGGGGCUCCGAACGACCAAACUAACGUCCCAUCGAUUCCACGAGCUACGGUGUCGAUAUACUACUCGAAAGAGGGAUGAUGAUGAAUCGGACACUAGUGACGACGAUUCUGACAGUGACGACGACGAAGUCCAGGUUUCUGUCAUGAAACACGCCGUCACAAUGGCAGUGGUCGAUGAGCUUGUUGUGACACUGGCGGGGGGAACCUCCCAAAGCAUCAAAGUCCGACUGAGGAAUGCUGUAGUGCAUGACAAUCAAAUCAACAACACACAAGAAGCGUGGAAACCAGGCAUUGUUCUGGGCUUGGAUUUCCUAGAGUCGGCAGCAUGGACCCAAACUUGCGUGGAGGUUGAUGUUGCACCUUCCGUCCAGGAUUCCAAUCGUCGGUUUAUGGUGUUGUUACACGGCGGCCAAGAUAUUCAGCGUGUCAACGAAGCGGAUGGGAAGGGUUUGAUCGAAGAGUUUCGGUUUUAUGCUCCCAACGGGAGAUCCUUUCGUUCACCCCUACUUCACAUCCAUCCCAACAAUCAUCUCUUUUUCUCCGUUCGUCACGAGACUAGCAAUCAUCAUGACCAGCACCAGAGACGACACCGCAGUACCGAAUGUGAAUGGUGCUGUCGCAUGUUCCCCCAUGUUGUUGAGGACACGGGACGAGCAAGUCGGAGGCGCGCCAAACGAAAGCGAGGCAUGAUUCGGUGCCAAUUUUGCUAUGACAUGGCCAUAUCCGCCAAGCAGCAUGUGUAUUAUUGUGACGAGGAGUGCCAAGCCAAAGCGUAUCAAGUACAUCGAUACCGCCAUGCACGACAUCGGGGGUUGCUGGGCUCAUUAUGUCGAAUGGCCGUGGCCAUGGUGAUGGAUGCCAUUCGACAACAAUCUCGGAUGUUUGUAGUGUCGUUCAUUGUUGGACUUGGCUUUUCUUUGAUGAUUUCCUUGUCGGAACGAAGGUCCAUCCCACUGAUUGAGGUUUGGUCCGUGCUCAAGGCAUUGGCCAGGGAAAACAUUUCCAAGGCCACCUUCUCGCAGCUCUACGUACAUGCUACCGGGGCCAAUGCAGCAGACGAGCGCCAAAUGCAACUGUUGACAAGUCGCCCUGGUUGA